AUGCAAAAGCCAAAAAGGUCGAUUUCAUCCGAGUCGUGUCCAGGGUCCGUGCGCGUUCUCAUUCGGACGAAAAACCGACGCGUGAUCGAUUUUCCACCACUCGUUGCUCGCGACGUUUCCAUUUUCAACCAAUCCCGUACUCUCCCGUCCACUCAACGUCCCUACUUGGCGUCGCUCCCGCCCCGCCCGUCCCAUCGCUGCGGCCUAGUGCCAAUCUCUCGGACGUGGCCGCUGCGGCCGCUACUGGCGCUCGAGGCCGAGACUGACGUCGAAGGAUCUUUUACCGUGCGAUUUGACGUGGCGGUGGUCGCAUCCAAGCCCGCGCACGAGUUUUUGACCAGUUUUGCAGGCUUUACACGACGAGAAGAAGAUCAGGAAUCGUCUGCGUCUGUGGCUGGUGACUGCACUGGAUAA